AGUAAAUGGUUGAGAAAACACUAAGAGAGAAGCUUGACGCAUUGAGCCUUUUGAGUUCUCUCAACAAUACGUUCUUGGUUCUUCUGAGCAAGAGUACUAAAUGUGUUUGUUCGUGCAGUGCUGAUUGUCUUAUUUUGCUAAUAGAAAAAUUCUUGUCACAGCAACUGAGACAACAAUUACUGUCACUGAGGUGGGAUGUCGUGAAUCUGUCGGGCGAGUCUGGUGCCGAUGGGAGCUGCUGCAGCAUCAUGAGCUGCCAUGAUGCCGGAGGGCGCCGGCGUUACGAGGACUCGGAGUUCACGUUGCACGUGUAUCCCGGCGCUCUGUCCGAGGGCACCAUCUACUGCCCCGUCUCGGCACGGAAGGUGACGUCGGCAGCGGAGGUCAUCGAGCGCGUCAUCGAGCGACUGCAGCUGGACCGCGCGCGCUUCUACGUGCUCGCCGAGGUCAAGGAGUUCGGCGGCGAGGAAUGGAUCCUGAACCCCUGCGACUGCCCACAACACAUCAUGAUGCUGCCGCCCAUCACGCCGCAGAACAACCUGCCCGCAGAAGACUACCACCGCUUUCUGCUGCGCGAGAAGGAUCUGGAUGGAUCCAUCCUCUAUGGAAACCUGCAGAUGUGGCUCCGCGUAACUGAGGAGCGGCGGCGGAUGGUGGAGCGUGGACUCCUCCCGCAGCCUCCGUACGUCGACGAUCUCUGCGCGCUGCCUGAUCUAAACGAACGCACUUUGCUGGAGAACUUGCGUGGACGCUUUCGGCAGGAGAAGAUUUACACAUACGUCGGCGGGAUCCUGAUCGUCGUCAACCCCUUCAAGUUCCUGCCCAUCUAUAACCCCAAAUACGUUAAGAUGUACGAUAAGCAGCGGCUGGGGAAGCUGGAGCCGCACAUUUACGCGGUGGCCGACGCGGCGUAUCACGCCAUGCUGCAGAGGAGGAGGAACCAGUGCAUCGUGAUCUCGGGAGAGAGCGGAUCAGGAAAGACGCAGAGCACCAACUUCCUCAUCCACCACCUGACGGCGCUGAGCCAGAAGGGCUUCGCCAGCGGCGUGGAGCAGAUCAUCCUCGGGGCCGGACCAGUGCUGGAGGCUUUUGGAAAUGCCAAAACGGCCCAUAACAAUAAUUCCAGCCGCUUUGGCAAGUUUAUUCAAGUCAACUAUCAGGAGAGCGGGACUGUGAGAGGAGCUUAUGUGGAGAAGUAUCUUCUGGAAAAAUCCCGACUGGUUUAUCAGGAGCACAAUGAGAGGAACUAUCAUGUGUUUUACUACCUGCUGGCUGGAGCGAGUGAAGAAGAAAGAAAAGCGUUUCACCUCCUUAAACCAGAGGAGUAUCAUUACCUGAACCAGAUAACAAAGAAAGUCCACAGACAGCACUGGGGAAAUUACUGUGAGACCGAGCUGGACUGUUUCACGGUGGAGGGUGAAGACCUGAAGCAUGACUUUGAGCGACUGCAGCUGGCCAUGGAGAUGGUGGGCUUCCUGCCGACCACCAGAAAACAAAUCUUUUCUUUACUGUCUGCGAUUCUUCUCCUGGGAAAUAUCCGUUACAAGAAGAAGACAUACAGAGACGACUCCAUCGAUAUCAGCAACCCAGAGGUGCUUCCUAUCGUCUCUGAACUGCUGGAGGUGAAGGAGGAGAUGCUUUUCGAGGCUCUGACCACACGAAAGACGGUGACGGUGGGCGAGAGGUUGAUCGUGCCGUACAAACUGGCCGAGGUGAGACGGUUAUUCCUUAUUAGCUUCUGCAAGAUCUUUCAUGAAGCUGAUUUUACUCUUGAAUCCUCCCUCCACCCACACCACAAUCUCAUUCUCCACUGGUUUUGUUUUUGGCUGACCCUGUCCAGACCCGGCCGAGGUCUUCUUCAGACCUUUACAUAUGUGUGUGUGUUUCAGAUCCUGUCCAUCGGUGUGCUAGACAUCUUUGGCUUUGAGGACUACGAGAACAACAGCUUCGAGCAGUUCUGCAUCAACUUCGCCAACGAGACGCUGCAGCAUUACUUCAACCAGCACGUCUUCAAGCUGGAGCAGGAGGAGUAUCGCGUCCGAGGCAUCCGCUGGCACAUGAUCGACUACAUGGACAACACGGCCUGCAUCAACCUCAUCAGCAAGAAACCCACCGCGCUGCUCCACCUGCUGGACGAGGAGUGCAAUUUUCCGCAGGCGUCGAAUCAGACUCUGCUGGAUAAGUUUAAGCGGCAGCAUGAGGGAAGCGGCUACAUCGAGUUCCCAGCCGUCAUGGAGCCGGCGUUCAUCAUCCGACACUACGCCGGCAAGGUCAAGUACAGCGUCAAGGACUUCAGGGAGAAGAACACGGAUCACAUGCGUCCGGAUAUCGUGGCUCUGCUGAAGAGCAGCCGGAACGCUUUCAUCUGUGGCCUGAUAAUAAAUCCAUCCGCCACCCACCUUUCUGCCCCGAUACCCGCUUCUUAUUUCCGAGCACACGUCGCCUUCAGAGAGGCCGGGAAACGGCACAAGGAGAAGAAGACGACGAAGACGUGCGGCUCUGAUGGUCCGGUUCAGAAUCAGAAAAGUGUGGACAGCUUCAGUUUCCUGCAUCAUCCUGUUCACCAGCGGAGCCUUGAGAUCCUGCAGCGAUGCAAAGAUGACAAAUACAGAGGUGCGAGCGCAGGGGGUGCGAAAUGCCAGGAGGAGGAGGGCAUCUUCGUGAACUCGGGUAAUAAGCUGCUGGAGCGAGCGCAGGGCAUCCUGAUGAGAAGCAAGAACUGCAAGACCAAGCCCAGCCUCCCGAAGCACCUGCUGGAUGUGAAAUCACUGAAGUAUCUGAGCUGCCUGACGCUCCACGACCGCAUCACCAAAUCACUGCUGCAUCUGCACAAGAAGAAGAAACCUCCGAGCAUCAGCGCGCAGUUCAACGUGUCUCUGAAUAACCUCACUAAUACUCAGAAACAUUCUAAUCAACGUGCGCUUCCUCUGCGUUUCAACGACGCGCUGGUGUUGAGACAGUUACGAUACACCGGCAUGCUGGAGACGGUGAGGAUACGCCGCUCCGGAUACAGCGUCAAAUACAGCUUCCAGGAUUUUGCCCAUCAUUUCCGUGUGCUGUUACCUGCGGGCUUUCACUCCUCACAGACGGGGAUCAGACAGUUCCUGCAGACCGUCGACCUCGAGCCCAACGGACAUCAAGUGGGCAGAAGCACGGUGUUCCUGCGGGAGCGUCCUGCGGCAGCGUCUGCACCGGAGCUAGUCUUCAUCAGGAUGGUUGUUGAGGAGGAUCGUGUGUCUGAAGAGGGACGCUUCAGGGACGCAGCAGCGAGAGGAGACGCUUCUGACAGACAGAGACGGAGCCGCUACACUUCAGUACAGUCACUUGUUAUGUUAGUAGCUAGUAUGCAGUGUGUAGAGCACAGUAAUCAGUGUUGUGUGUGUUUCUGCUCUCAGCGCUGGUGGAGGGUGUGUGUGACUCGCGCUGACGCAGAGCUCCAGCAGGGGGCGGCGGUGUGUCUGCAGACGGCCUGGAGAGGCUUCAGAGAGCGCCAGCUGUUCCUGCGGCGGAGGAGAGCGGCGCUGAUCAUCCAGACGAGCUGGAGGAGAGUCCUGCAGACACGACACUCGGCCGCGUGCCUCAUACAGUCCUCCUGGAGGAGCCUCAGACAGAGACGCCGCUUCCUGCAGCAGCGCCGCGCCGCCGUCACGCUACAGGCCGCCUGCAGGGGGCAGCGCGAGCGCCACAGGUGCCGCAUUCUUCGAGAACAGACACACGACAGCACGCUGAAGACACCCACCCAAAAGAGCAAAUCAAAACACAAAAGCAGCUACACAAAGCCACCUCCAGCAAACAACCUCCACAAAGCAGAUGCACAAAAACCAGAGCCGCGCUCCGCCUCAGUGGACGACGCGCUUCCCGCUCAGAUCCCGCUCUGCACACAUCUUCCCUCGGAGAGCCAAGACAGCUGCGAGCUCCUCGGCGAGCCCGAGCCGAUGGAGGAGAACCAGAGCCGUCUGUCCCCCGUCAAACCUCACUUCCUACAUCGCAGAAGCGAGGACAGCAGCCCGGUCGAGCAGGAGUCCGCUGUGGAGGAGGAGAUCCCUGUAGACCAGAGCAGCCCGGAAGCUCUGCAGACACCCGAGACGAUGGACGCGGAGGAGGUUCACAGAGAAACCCACCACAGAGCGAAUGGAUUGUCUUCUCCAGAUCCUCCUGAGCCUCAGACCACCACGUCUUCUUCUUCCAAACCCCUCCAGCUGGACUCGAGGGACUCGGAUCGUGAAGUGGCUUCAGAGCCCAAGAAGGAGGUUCAGAAGAAGUUUGUUGCUCAGAGCAUCAGUAUGAAGGAGAAGGCCUUCUCUCCCAAACGCAGCCGACUGACCUUCUCCAAACCUGGUGAAUCAGGAACGCCCAUCACUGGCCAUCCAGAGAGAGGCAGGAUUCAGAUCGUUAAAAACAGAGAGUCGUCUCAGAAAGAGCAGAAGAGGAUCCAGAAGACCAUGUCGUCAGGGGACCUUGGGAAAAUGGAUUCGCUCAGGAAGUCAAUCUCCCAAACCGACAGCAGGGUCAGAGGCAAAAUGCGGUUCUGGAGUAAGAGCAAACAUGGCGAUAAAAAGAUGUCCACCAGGGAGCGCUCCGCAGAUUCAGAGCUCAACGACCGGAGGAACGACUCUCCUCAGGGAAGCCGUGAGCCGUCGGAGCGCGGACGCGACAGCAAGGAGAACCGUGAGCCGAUGAUGGGCAUGAUGUCGAUGAAGAGGAGACGCAGUGUGAAGAUCAGUAGCGUGUCUCUAGAAUCGUCCGCCUGGCAGAACGACUCGCUGCACAUCCUCACCAGCACUGCAGACUAUCGCAGCAUGAACGACUUCCUCAUGAAGAAGAUCAGCGAUCUAGAAGCUGAAGACAGUCAGAAGGACACACCUGUGGAUGUGGUUUUCAAGAAGGCCCUGAAAGAGUUUCGCCUCAACAUCUUCAACUCGUACUCUACUGCUCUGGCCAUGGAUGAUGGCAGGAGCAUUCGUUAUAAAGAUCUCUACGCUCUGUUCGAACACAUCUUAGAGAAGAACAUGCGUCUGGAGCAGAGCAAUAGCAAGGUAAAGCAUCUCUCUCUUGGUCUGCAAACGGUUAAAGUCUGGGUCAACACCUUCAAAGUCUUCCUCGAUGAGUUCAUGAUGGAAUACAAGCCAAUGAAUGGAACCAUCAGCAAGGCUCCUAAACCUGAGAGGAAGAAGAGGAGGAAAAAGGAAUCAGACACUGUGGAAGAGCACAUGGGUCACAUCUUUAAAUCCACUCAGUACAGCAUCCCGACCUACUGCGAGUUCUGUUCGUCUCUCAUCUGGAUGAUGGACAAAGCGUGUGUCUGCAAACUCUGUCGCUAUGCAUGUCACAGGAAGUGCUGUCUGAGGAUGACCACCACAUGCAGUAAGAAGUUUGACCCCGAGCUGUCUUCACGGCAGUUUGGAGUAGAGUUGUCUCGUUUAACGAGCGAUGAGAGAGCCGUCCCCCUGGUGGUGGAGAAGCUGAUCAACUACAUCGAGAUGCACGGCCUGUACACCGAGGGCAUCUACAGGAAGUCUGGAUCCACCAAUAAAAUCAAAGAACUCAAGCAGGGGCUGGACACCGAUGCAAACAGCGUGAAUUUAGAUGACUACAACAUCCAUGUGAUCGCCAGCGUGCUGAAGCAGUGGCUGCGUGACCUUCCCAACCCCCUCAUGACCUUUGAACUCUACGAGGAGUUUCUCAGGGCUAUGGGUCUGCAGGAUAAGCGUGAGGUGGUUCAGGGGGUUUAUUCGGUCAUCGAUCAGCUCAGCCGGACUCACCUGAGCACACUGGAGAGACUCAUAUUCCACCUGGUCCGGAUCUCAUUCCAGGAGGAGACGAACCGCAUGUCUUCAAACGCACUGGCCAUCGUGUUUGCACCGUGCAUACUGCGCUGUCCCGACACCACCGACCCGUUACAGAGCGUCCGGGACAUCAGCAAGACCACCGCGUGUGUGGAGCUGAUCAUCUGCGAGCAGAUGAGGAAAUAUAAAGCCCGUCUGAAGGAUAUCAACACACUGGAGUUUGCCGAGAACAAAGCCAAGAGUCGUCUGACGCACAUCCGGAGAUCUAUGGGUAAGGCGCGUUUACGCAAAACCGGCCUCCACACGCCCUCGCCGCCGUUAAGCCCUCGGGCCGAGAGGGAGGAGCCAGGCGAGGAGGGGGCGGAGUCUGGGCUGAGUGAGCAGCAGCAAGCAGCCAUGCAGCAGGAGGAGAACGUUUUGACUCAGCAGAUAGAAAACCUGCAGAAAGAGAAGGAAGAACUGACCUUUGAGAUGCUGGCUCUGGAUCCCAGAGCGUCCGAUGACGAGAUGCUGGAGUCGGAAGCGUCCAUCGGAACAGCAGACAGCUCGGAAAACCUCAUGGAGUCGGAAGGUGCCGCGUCCGAUCAAUGGGAAAAAAGUCCCGGGGCGUCAUCUGCGACACGCUGGAGGAAGUCCGAGUCCAAAAGCAGACGCGGUUUACGGCGUCAGCCUGAAUCUCUGGACUCGGUGGACUCGGCCGUAGCCUCGCUGUCCUCCGUGUCGUCCACGCCUCACUAUCGCUGCUCGUCCUCUUCUGGGCCGCUGUUUUUCGUCAGCCUCUCCUGGGGACUUGCACAUCCUCCCCGACCAGGGAGGGCUCCGGACAGGCUUCCCUGACCCCUCGAUGUGGCCUCCAGCUGCGAGAAAACCCCUCCCCGGCCCAGAGGGAACCGAAGCUGCCCGCCAAAAACCCGCGAGCCGGGAGAAAGCGGCAGCGGCGGCCGGAGGAGAGAGCAUGACUUCGGUUCUUCUCAGCCUUUGGUGCUGUAUGGGAGUAAUGAAUUUAUGGUGUGA